AUGUGUUUCCAUCUCAGGGUUUUUUAAAAGAAUAAAAAAAAAAACAGAAAGUUUGAAUUUUUGAGUGAAAAACGCAAUCUUUAUCGUUGCCCAGAUGACAAAAUAAAGAGAAAAACAAAGGGACCCUUCAAAGUUAUAUACUUCUCUUUAUGUCAACCUUGAAACGAGCCCCAGUGAACAGUAAGUCCAUGUCUUCUCUCUCCGACGGUAUUGAUGGUUGUGGAUUCAAGUGAAAUUCUGUGAAGUGGGGUACUAAGGUUUGUGGACUUUGUCUUCAACUUUUCCUUAAAAGGGUUUGUGCCAUUUUUAGUAGUUCUUUAUUGAAAAUAUGGCAUCAUCACAUAACAGUACACACACUGAGGCUGCAGAGAUGGAACAAAUUAUCACUGAAUUUUUCCCGAAGAGUCUUCAGAUUAUACUUGAGUCGAGGUCACCUUUCAUGUCAUCGCGUAAUUAUAGUGGUGAACAGAUGGUAUCCUUAUCCCUAUCUUCUUCGUCCUCCUCCUCGCCGAGUGUGAGGCCAAGAGAUAAAUGGUUCAAUUUAGCUCUUAGGGAAUGCCCGGCUGCUCUUGAGAAUCUUGACCUUUGGCACCAAAGCUAUUUGGAACCGAUGAUUGUUGAUGUGAUUUUGGUGCAGGUGCCACCAGUUCGGUGGGAUCCUGUGAAUUAUUCCCCCCAUAGGGAGCCUGUUAGGAAUUUUUCGACCAAGGAUCAGUAUCCAUUUCACUGGAAUUCAGAUCAGGAAGAAUUAGGGUGUGAGGGUAAGAUUGAAAAGAUUGUAGAGAGGUGGGAAGUGCAGUAUGAGGGUUGGAAGUCAAGGGAUAGUGGUACUGGGAGCAGGAAACUUAGCAAUACCUUCCAAACAUGUUAUAAGAAAUCAAUAUUACUUUUCAGGUCUUUGUAUGCAACUGUUAGGCUUUUACCUGCAUAUAAAAUUUUCCGUGACCUCAAUUCAUCAGGGAAAAUUCGUGCAUACACACUUACACAUAGGGUGUCUUCUUUUGUUGAGCCCUUUACACGCAAAGAAGAGGCUGAAAUGCAGCGAUUUGUGUUCACCCCGGUGGACACUUCCUGUGGUAGGCUUUGCCUUUCGGUGCUGUAUCGCUCUUCAUUAUCAGAUGUCAGCUCUGAGUCAUCAAUUCCUAUGUCCCCCCAAUUUAUCCCAGAUUAUGUUGGGAGCCCUUUGGCAGAACCAGUGAAGAGAUUCCCCUCUCUUCCUGUGUCGCAAGGUUCUCUGUCAUCUUUGCCAUUCUCAAGACAACAUAGUUGGUACUAUGACCAUAAUAAAGCCUCACCACCUUCAUUUUCUUUCUCACCAUCACCUAAUCGCUCAGGAAAGCAUGGAUCAAUAUCUAAUCCACCCGAAGUGCCUUCAGUUCAUAAAAAGAAUACGAGCUUUGAUGAACAUUAUCCCUCUCCCAACUAUGCACCAUCUGCAUCCCCACCACCACCCAUCUAUAUUCCUGGGGGUCAUCUUUCCACAGCUGUUCUACAAUCUGAAAGUGCACCUGUUAGCAUACCUGCUACCAAGCAUGCUAGUUCUCCCCUGUUGUCCAUCAAGCAAAACUUGCCCCCAUCUCCACCACUCAAAGCUACCAUAUCUUGCAAUCCGAAGACUGAUGAAAGUACAGGUUUGGUUCACCCUGGUGCAACAGAUGAGAAGUUGUUCUCUCCUGGGAAAGAUGGCAUUAUAAAAUAUGCCAGCGUGAAAACACCAUCCAACAGCUCUCCGUGGAUUUCAUUUUCCAGAACUUCCAGCAGACCCGAGACAUCUGAUAAAAAAGGCCAUCUAUCUGACCCGCUUGAGCCGGGAGGUCUCUUUCCGAUUAAAAAAUCCCAAGAUGCAGCUGUUGGUGCCCUUGUACACACUUUGAAGAAACCCCCACCUUUAUGCCAAGACUUCUCUGGUUCGGCUGAUUUGCCACCAGAUUCUAGGUCCAAAAUGUGGAGCUGCAACCUCCAAGAAUACAAUCCAAUCUCUGUAGCACCAGCAGGUCAGCAGGCUGCUGCGUCUGGUGUUGCAUCUUCAGGUCUCAUUGCUCCAAAAACAGCAGCUGAUGCAUUGGAAGAACUGAAAGGAUACGAAGAAAUGAAAGACUUGUUGCUUAGCCAAGCUGGCAGGUCCAACGCUUAAGCUAAUUAUGCAUCAGCGCCACAUCCUACUAGCAGCAGUUCAGCUGGAUAUUGAACUCGUGUUGAUGAUUGCACAUCUGUACAUAGUCUUGGUUUAAGAGGUUAUUUCAUGGUUUAUAGGAAUAUACUUUAUUGGCGCCCAUAUCC